AUGAAACAAAGUCCGGGCCGCGGAAAUUGUGUGGCGGAAGAGGUUGCCAGAAUACCACAGAGUUUGGUGUUACCUCAAAAAAGAGCAGAAUAUACAACACUCCAAGUUAGUAAUAGUUGUCAGACCAGUUUCACAGACUGGAAAGUAAAAGAGAUACCAAGAAACUCAAGAUUCAUUAUGAAAACGAGUAAUCCUGUAGAUGAUGCUAAUGAUCAACCUGAAGAUGCUCUGCAAAGAGCAAUGGGAUACUUUGAGAAAGGUCCCAAGAAAUCUUCACGGAGUAAAGAUGAGAACUUGGAAACACACUUGAAAGCUGUGGAAAAUGUGGCAUGGAAGAAUGGGCUACCUCCAGAAGCAAUCGACGUUCUAUUAAAUAUAGCACUUAGUGGCACAUUUGGGAAUGCUGUAAACACACGGCUAUUGAAGUGCAUGAUUCCAGCAACUCUAAUAGCAGAGGAUUCUGUGGUUAAGGCAGUCUCCUGGCUCUGUGUUGGCAAGUGUUCUGGUAGUAUCAAGGUACUUUUUUAUCGUUGGCUGGUUACAAUGCUUGACUUCAUUGAUCAUAAGGAACAAAUUAAUUUGCUGUAUGGCUUCUUUUUUGCUUCAUUGCAAGAUGAUGUCCUGUGUCCUUAUGUCUGCCAUUUGUUAUAUUUACUUACCAAGAAAGAUAAUGUCAAACCAUUUCGUGUGAGAAAAUUGCUUGAUCUUCAAGCCAAAAUGGGAAUGCAGCCACAUCUGCAGGCUUUGUUGUCGCUGUAUAAAUUCUUCACCCCUACUUUGAUUUCUGUAUCUUUGCCUGUAAGGAAGAAGAUCUAUUUUAAGACCUCAGAGAACCCAUGGACUUCAGCUUUGAUAGCUGUGAGGCAGAGAAACCAGAGACCUUCUGUAGGACCUUUAAAACUGACAUUAGGUCCAGAUAAUGGCCCUAAUGUAAAAAGAAAAUGGAAUUCUCACUCACUUAUACCAGUGCUAAAUUCUGGUACCUACGCUAGAGAAUAUGGGAAAAGAGAGAUGAGUCUUUCUGAUUAUCUCAAUCGCAAUAGAUCCCUCCCAGUUGAACAACUUCAAAGUUUUCCUCAACUUUUACAGAAUAUCCAUUGCUUAGAGCUGCCUGCUCAGAUGGGCUCAGUGCUAAACCACCCACUCCUUCUUCACUAUAUUAACUGUGUCAGAGACGAGUCAAUCUUACUGAGGCUGUAUCACUGGUUGAGUCAAACAUUACAAGAAGAGUGUCUUUGGUAUAAGAAGAACAAUUAUGAACAGGGAGAAGAAUUUAUGAACCUCCUGGACACUGUCAUCAGGGCACAGUGCUUCUUACAAGAGGGGUUUUAUUCCUGUGAAGCAUUCCUGUAUAAAAGCUUUCCUCUCUGGGAUGGAAUCUGUUGCCGAUCACAGUUUCUGCAGCUCAUGAGCUGGAUUCCUUUUAGUAGCUUCUCUGAAAUAAAGCCACUUCUAUUUGACCAUCUGGCACCUCUCUUUUUUACUUCAACUGUUUAUUUCAAGUGUAGUGUUCUUCAGAGUCUGAAAGAACUGCUUCAGAAUUGGCUGUUGUGGCUUUCUAUGGACGUCCCCCAGAGUCCGAUGACAUGCAAUCCUCUGGACACUACUUUGGGUGCAUCCAUCAUCUCUGUGUCUAAACUGAUUGAAUACGUAGGAUGGCUGUCCACAAUAGCAUUGCGCCUGGAGAAUAACAGUGCUUUCUUGCUGCAUUUCAUUUUGGACUUUUAUGAGAAGGUGUGUGACAUAUAUAUAAAUUAUAACCUUCCAUUAGUGAUGUUGCUUCCUCCUGGGAUCUUUUAUUCUGCACUUCUCAGCCUGGAUACCAGUAUCUUGAACCAGCUCUGUUAUAUUAUGCACAGGUAUCGUGAUAACAUGACUGCUGCAAAGAAAAAGGAUAUGUUGGAAAAGACAAAAUCAGAGUUCAAUUUCAGCAGCAAGACCUGUGAAGAAUUUAAUAACUAUUUGACAGUCAUGAUUGGUUGCCUGUGGACAUCCAAACCUUUCAAGAAAGAAAUGUAUAUUGAACCCCACAUCCUAGGAAAAGCUAAAGUAACAGAGUAUAAGAGCAAUUUAAAUUUAGUUCUUCAUCCUUCUCUACUAAAUUAUGCUGCUUCCUUUUUGCUACAGGAAAACCCUGAAGAAAAGGCAGUAAAUGUAGACACUAUUCGGGGACAGAAAUGGAAUAAGUAUUUGGACUAUUUAUUUUCAGAAGGGUUACAAGGCUUGAAACUCUUCAUACAAAGUAGUGUUCAACGUUUUUAUGCCCCCCAGUAAGAGAGUAUAACCAAAGUGAUCGACAUUAAGUGAAAGUUGAUGAUUUCACUGUUUUAUAAACUGACUGUUGUCUUCAAGUAUUACCCAGUCCUGUCUUCUAAUGAAAAAUGCCCUCUUCCUCGCCAGAGGCUCUUUCCAUCAUGAAGAGUCACAUCUGCUCUGGGGUGAGCUUUGUCACAUUCCCAUGUACUGUAUAAGUUGCAUUGCUAAAAGAUAACAGGUAAUGCAUAGUAGCAGUUAACCUACAUGCACUUAUGCCAACCAUUUGGCCAGCUGCUUCUUUGAAAUCUCCAGGAUAUUACUACUUUGUUCAAUGAACAGCAGCACCAGUAUCAAAUGAAUGGCAUAUAACACAUGGGAUUUGCAAAGCCCUU